GGAUCCCCUAAACAGAUCUUGCGCGACGCUCGCCCAAAAAUAGCCUUGAUCUUCAUACACUACUGUACCAAGAAAUUCCACCUCCACCACCACAAGCGCCGCCCCCGAAAGCCAGAUCGACUCCGCCGCGCCUCGCCUUCGUAUUCUUCCUUUUCCCUCUCUUCCCGAUCGCUUGGUGCUCAUUGAUGCUCCCGGUUGCUUGCUUACCCACCCUACGAUUGCAACUUCACUUCCGCCGACGACAAAGAACAACCACUGCGAUCGACCCUUCAAAGCUUGAAAAGCCUCCUGUGUAUCUACAGCACACGCACACAUACAGCGAGAGACGCAUCCACACAAACACAUACAAUACAUAUUCAAUCAUUUUUCCCCUCGUAUCGAUUUCGUGUCUGGCCUGGUCGGAGAGAGUGGAUGCUUGUACGCUUUUUCUCUGCAUGCUAACGUCUCAGGCCUCACAACGGGCGCGAGACCUCGAUCGUCUCUACCAGGGCAGACAGCGAGGCCAUGCCCCCCAGAUCUCUAUCUCCGACGACUCGCAUCACGUCACAGACGCCAUUGGCUCCAUGUACGGCGCCAACGAUGAGGAUGACUACGCCUCCAGCACUUCCUCCACACUCUCGCAGCACAACUACGAACAGAGCCAAGAUGGCAGGUCGAGUCGCCCGCUAAGCUUCGUGCCUUCGCCUCUCGGCGAGACAAUAACGCCCUACAGCCCGGACAGCCCAUCCAGGACGUUCAACGGACAGUCCACGGGCACACAUCGGGUGCCCUCACACGAAAAGAAUGGGUCGGCGUUCGGAUAUCAUGGGCCAUUGUCGCCAACGAGUCCGACCGCAGACUAUCCCGGCGGAGCAAGAACCGGAGCUGCCAUAAAUGGGCGGGCGACGGCGGGAGCAGCCAUGAGCAACGCAGCCGCAAGCCCUAGCACAUCUCCAACGACUUCGUCGCUGAAUAGAUCGCCGUCGGGGGCGUCACAGCACUUCCCAAUGACCGACCUCGACUCGGAAGCCGCCGUCGCGCAAGAGUUCAGUAAUCUGCAGGCCAUACGGCGUAUGUCCAUGGGCGUGGUCGAUGCUGGUGCAGACCCUGAUCUCCCUUCGUUCAACAGCGGAGGCUUCCACGUCCCUGCCCUGGCGCCCGCACACGAUGCCGACGAGCAAGACCCUGCGCGCAUGUUCUGGGUACCGGCUAGCGUGCAUCCAGAGUUGGCGCCCAAGGCGUUUGAAUCCUUCAUACAAGACCGCGUCAAAACAAUCAAGCGGUCGUCGCUAAGUAUGAGCAGCGGGGUCUCGAGCUCACUGUCUCCUUCGUCUGCUGACGGCAACGGUUCCUUGCGACGAAAGAAGUCGAUGCUCUCGAGGCAGGUUAAGGAUGGCAGUGGGUAUCAGGAUGGCGCAGAGCGCCUUGAACGCAAGCGCUCCUCUCUACAUAGGGACGGUGGAGGGUUGCCAAGCUUGCAAGAGCUGGAGGAUCUGGCGCAGGACCCGUCUAGCCUUGUACGGAGGCUUAGUAUAGACGGUCAACGCACCUCACUCGAGGCCGCCUCAGAUACAGCUGAGGGGCAGCAGGAAGACAUGCCCAUCCUGCCACCAAAGCCCCUUGGUCAGGGCCUCAAGCGCUCGACUAAGACCACGUACAGGAGGGGGAGCCAGCGUAAGGGUGACCGCCUAGCAGGCAGACGAGGCAUGCGAGGCUCGCAGGAUGGUGAUCACGGCGAUGAGCCACCUGUUCCUUCAUUGCCCAAGGCUGAUGAGGCUCCACAAUUGCCUGCCUUCUCCGGUGACUUUGGUAGCUUCGAUGACCGACUGUUUGGGAGCAGUCUCCAACGUGUGCAAACCGAGCCCACGCAACCCAAACCUCGCGCUGUGGAGAACUUCUCAAGGCCGGGUCGCAAAGCGCAGACGCCCCCGCUGUCUCAAGAUGAGUUCGGAUACGACGUCAGGCCCACGUCGCCGGAAGACAGACGGCAGAACUCGCCAUCGCCAGAAUCUCAUAUGUUCCCGCCACGAAGCUCCUCGGCACGAUCGCCGCCUCCAGCAGUCCAACAGAUGCAGGUACCAACCAUAGUGGAGACGCCGCCGCCGCCGCAGGAGCAUGGACGUCCGUAUUCUGCUCCUGGUCUGCAACGGCCGGAGCGUGUGUCUUCGAUGGACUCACAGCAACCAAACAACAGGAUUGAGCGACCCACACUUAACAGACCUGCGUCGCUGCAACAGGCGCGGGGCCAACAGUCUCAGCAGAAGACGACGUUUGACCAGAUUGGUGCCACAGGCAAUCAGCAACCACAACCUGCAAUACCGAGUCAAAACACACGCACGGAUUCAUUAUCUAUAAUACCGACAUAUGAGACGGACAAGAAACCAGAAAAGAAGGGCAAGGACAAGAAGGACGACGGGACACGCAAGUCAAGCUGGAGCUGGCUGACGGGUGGGGAGGACAAGGAGAAGGACAAGGAUUCCGGCUCAAAAAAGAGCAAGCAGAAGAUGCUGUCCAAGCCAACGGAGCGCACACAACACGAUGAUACGAGACUCGACGUGCUACAGACGCAGAUCGAUGGCAAUAAGCCUCGCGAGAGUCUGGUGCUAGAGCGCGCUCAGGUUCAGAUCGAGCAGCCCAAGACUCCGGGAAAGAAGUCGUCCGACGGCAAGAAAGAGAAGGACUCAGGACUUUUCUCCUCUCUCUUUGGUGGCUCGAAGAAGAAGUCAGACAAAGACUCCUCUUCGCGGUCCAAGUCGUCAGCUUCGCACCGGGGCCUGUCACCAGAACCGCCGCAACGCAAAUUACAGCCGGACGUGGAUUACAACUGGACGCGUUUCAGCAUCCUUGAAGAACGCGCGAUCUAUCGGAUGGCGCAUAUCAAGCUGGCGAAUCCACGCCGCGAGCUGUACUCGCAGGUCCUGCUCAGCAAUUUCAUGUACAGCUACCUUGCCAAAGUGCAGCAAAUGCAUCCGCAGAUACAGAUUCCUCAGAGCGCAGCACAGAAGAAACAGAUGCAGCAGGAGAGGAAGAAAGCAGAGCGCGAGGCUGCACAGCAGGGUGCCGGUGGCGGGCAGCAACCCGAGGAGUUCGCGCAGUAUCAGCGAUAUCAGGAGCAACAAGCCCGCGCCGAAGGCUCCCUCUCCUCGAAUAGCACCCCGCCACGCACCGGAUCCCUUAUAGAUGGCGCACGCAACGCCCACAGCCUCCAUCAAGAUCCUCAGCAUCAGCAGCAGGCGAACCAGUAUUCGCAUUACGGACACGUGAACGGCAACAGCGGCUCGUACAAUGGCAGCGUAGGCCAGCAGGCGUACGCGAGCCAGCCGUCGCACUACGACUAUAGCGGCAAUCACUCUCGAGAAGCAGAGAGAAGCGCGACGGGGUGGUGAGAGAGAAAUCACCUCGAGCGUACGCGCGCCUCCGUUUAACGACCGGAGAAAGAAAAAUGAAAAGGAGGAACGACUUGAACGUGUCCCGUGGGAAGGAAAGAGAUGACGAAUUCUGCUUUUUAUCUUUUGAGCCUCACCAGGACUAGAUGAAGCCUUCGCCUCGCCUCUCCUCCCUCCUCGUCUCUUCGUCUUGGUUUCGACCUUCUUUAUUUUCGGCACAUCUUUCGCCGCUCCCCGCCCCCCUUCCAGAUUUCGUCCUUGGGGAAGAAAGCCCAUCACACGGCGGAGCCGAACCUUUGUACAUUUUUUUUUCACACGAAGCCGCUUUUUUUUUUUCUCUCUUGUUCUGCUUUCCAUCUUUGGGCUAACCCUUCCCUCCUUUUGCGUGCCUCACACUUUUCCGAGGCGGGGGAGGCGGUGCGUUCGACGGCGAAAGCGAGCGGCCAGACGGGAACGUUUUCGGGGGCGUUUCGAAAGGGGAAAAUCAAAAAGAUUAUGCGGCGCGGCGGGCCAGCUGGGCGGCCCUUCACUUUCUGGACCGAGGAGAAAGGAGAAGGAGGAGAAUGCGGCGACGGGUCACCUGCCACGGCCUCCUUUAUUGCUGCCGCUGGUUGGUGCUACCGGUCGACUUAUGUUUUCGUCGUUGCUUGUCGGUCGGGUUGAGCUCGAGGGGCACGAAUUGCUUAGUACAUUAUUACCAUUACUUCUUAAAACUCGUACACACCUACUUAUCACCACGGAUGACGAUAGGGAUGCAUAGCGACGGUUUUUGUCACUUUUGUUACCGGAGAAGAUGUUUUUGACAGAUCUCAUUCCUCCAUCUUCUUCUUCUUCUUCUUCUUUUCCUUCUUCUUCCUCUUUAUUUGGCCAACCCACUUGCAGCUAGAGAAACAAAGAAACUAUAUGCC